CGGCCCCGGGCGCGGGGCAGCAGCGUGCGGCAGCGGGAGCCUCCUUCCUCCUCCUCCUCCUCCUCCUCACCCCCCUCCCCCGGCUCCCAGCGGCGGCAAUGCGCUGCCGGGACCGCCCGUGCGAGCGGCUCUGAGGGGGCGGGCGGACAAAGGUUGCGGGCUGGUGCCGGCGCUGGGGCGCGAUGGAGCGGCGCGGCGGCUGAGGCGGCUCGGUGGGGCCGAGCCGAGACGGGCAGGGCAGCAGCACAUGGUGCGCGGCUGGGGACCGGCGCUGCGCACCCGCGGGCGGGCCGAGGGGCCACCAUGGACAACUUCUUGGCGGAGGGAUCUCGGGUCUGGCUGCGAGAAAAUAAUCAGCAUUAUCCCAGUACUGUUCAUUCCUGUGCGGAAGGAGUCGUUGUAUUCAGGACAGACUAUGGUCAGGUAUUCACUUAUAAACAGAGCACGAUCACACACCAAAAAGUAACGCCUAUGCAUCAAACAAGCGCGGAGAGCGUGGAAGACAUGGCAGCACUCGUAGAUCUCCACGAAGGCUCCAUUAUGCACAACUUAUUCCAGCGAUAUCAGCAAGAUAAAAUCUAUACCUACAUUGGUUCCAUAGUUGCCUCUGUGAACCCUUACAAGAGCAUCCCGGGACUCUACGACCGCGCAGCCAUGGAGCGAUACAGCAAGCACCACAUGGGAGAGAUACCGCCUCAUAUCUUCGCUGUGGCGAACGAGUGCUACCGCUGCCUUUGGAAGCGCCAUGACAACCAGUGUAUCCUCAUCAGUGGUGAAAGUGGUGCUGGUAAGACAGAAAGCACUAAGCUGAUUCUCAAGUUCUUGUCUGCAAUGAGCCAACACUCCUUGGAGCUGUCCUGCAGAGAGACCACCUCCUGUGUGGAGCAAGCUAUCCUGGAGAGCAGCCCAAUUAUGGAAGCUUUUGGCAACGCGAAGACUGUUUACAACAACAACUCCAGUCGCUUUGGGAAGUUUAUUCAGCUGAACAUCUGUCAGAAAGGAAACAUUCAGGGAGGAAGAAUUAUAGAUUAUUUAUUGGAAAAAAAUCGUGUAGUAAGACAAAACCCCGGGGAAAGAAAUUAUCAUAUAUUCUAUGCUCUGCUGGCAGGGAUAGAAGAGAGAGAGAAAGAUGCUUUUUACUUAUCUGUACCGGAGAACUACCACUACCUGAAUCAAUCUGGAUGUAUAGCGGAUAAGACAAUCAGUGACAAAGAUUCUUUCAAGGAAGUCAUUACCGCAAUGGAAGUGAUGCAGUUCAGCAAGGAGGAGGUGCGAGAAGUUUUGAGGCUGUUGGCUGGCAUUUUGCAUCUAGGAAACAUUGAGUUCAUCACUGCUGGUGGGGCACAGGUGUCCUUUAAAACAGCUCUGGGUAGGUCUGCUGAACUACUGGGGCUGGACUCCACACAGCUAACUGAAGCGUUGACACAGAGGUCAAUGAUACUCAGGGGAGAAGAAAUCCUAACACCUCUUAGUAUACAACAGGCAAUAGACAGCAGAGAUUCUAUGGCUAUGGCACUUUAUUCUCAGUGUUUUGCUUGGGUCAUCAAGAAAAUCAACAGCAGAAUCAGAAGCAAGGAAGACUUCAAGUCCAUUGGAAUUUUGGACAUAUUUGGAUUUGAAAACUUUGAGGUAAACCGUUUUGAGCAGUUCAAUAUUAACUAUGCAAAUGAAAAGCUUCAGGAGUAUUUCAACAAGCACAUAUUUUCCUUGGAGCAACUAGAAUACAGCAGGGAAGGACUAGUUUGGGAGGAUAUUGACUGGACAGACAAUGGAGAGUGCUUGGAUCUUAUUGAAAAGAAACUGGGCCUCUUGGCGCUCAUCAAUGAAGAGAGCCAUUUUCCUCAAGCUACUGACUCCACCUUGCUGGAGAAGUUGAAUACCCAGCAUGCUAACAAUCCGUUUUACGUAAAACCAAGAGUUGCCGUUCACAACUUUGGAGUGAAGCACUAUGCUGGGGAGGUCCAGUAUGAUGUCAGGGGGAUCUUGGAGAAGAACAGAGAUACUUUCAGAGACGAUCUCCUCAACUUGUUACGUGAAAGCAGUCUUGAUUUCAUCUAUGAUCUGUUUGAACAUGUCUCAAGUCGCAACAAUCAAGACACUCUUAAAUGUGGAAGCAAGCACCGAAAACCCACUGUCAGUCUCCAGUUCAAGGAAUCGCUUCAUUCUUUAAUGGCAACGCUGAGUUCUUCAAAUCCAUUCUUUGUUCGGUGCAUCAAGCCCAACGUGCAGAAGAUGCCAGACCAGUUUGAUCAGACAGUGGUGCUUAACCAGCUGCGCUAUUCUGGGAUGCUGGAGACAGUCAGGAUUCGGAGGGCUGGCUUCCCGGUCCGCAGGCCCUUUCAAGACUUUUAUAAAAGGUAUAAAGUUCUCAUGAGAAACUUAACUCUGCCUGAAGAUUUAAAUGAGAAAUGUGCCGUCCUGCUUCGUCUGUAUGACAACACAAGCACUGAAUGGCAGCUUGGAAAAAAUAAGGUGUUUCUCCGGGAGUCCUUGGAACACAAGUUGGAGAAACAGCGAGAGGUGGAAGUCACCAAGGCAGCAAUGAUUAUCCGAGCACACAUCUUAGGUUAUGCAGCCCGGAAGCGAUAUAGAAAGGUUCUCUACUAUGUGGUUGUGAUACAGAAGAACUACAGAGCAUUCAGUGGUAGGAAAAAGUUCCUGUGCCUGAAGAAAGCAGCCAUAAUCCUUCAGAAGCAGCGGCGAGGCCAGCUUGCUCGACGUGUUUACAGGGAGCGACUAGAGGAGAAGCGGAGACAGGAGGAGGAAAGGAGAAAAGAGGAGGAAGAAAGGGAAAGACAAAGACAAGAAGCAGAGCGUCUUGCCCAGCAGGCUGAAGAAGAGAGAAAGAAACAGGAACUGGCUGCCAUUCAGAAAGCCCAGAAGGAGGCAGAGCUGAAGCAAGAGGUGGAGAAGCAGAAAGAAAGCAGGCAGGUGGAAGAAAUCCUGCGUCUGGAAAAAGAAAUUGAAGACCUGCAGCGCGUGAAGAAGCAGCAGGAGCUGUCCUUGACAGAGGCUUCAUUACAGAGGCUGCAGCAGCUUCGAGACGAGGAGCUCCGGCGGCUCGAGGACGAAGCGUGUCGAGCAGCCCAGGAGUUCCUGGAAUCUCUGAACUUUGAUGAGAUUGAUGAAUGUGUCCGAAACAUUGAGAAGUCUCUCUCUGUGGGCAAUGGGUAUCCCACUGAGCUGACUGAACAGACUGGAAAUGCCUGCAGUGAGAAGCCCAAUUUUAACUUCAGCCAGCCGUAUCCUGAGGAGGAGGUAGAUGAGGGCUUUGAAGCUGAUGAUGAUGCAUUUAAGGAUUCGCCCAACCCCAGUGAGCAUGGCCAUUCUGAUCAAAGGACCAGUGGCAUCAGAACAAGCGAUGAUUCCUCAGAAGAGGAUCCCUAUAUGAACGAUACGGUGGUGCCAACAAUUCCUGCUGCUGGCAACACCAUGCUUAUACCUCCUGCCCAUGACACAGUCAGUCUCCACAACUCUUCCAGUGGUGAAUCCACGUACUGCAUGCCAGAAAAUGUAUCAUGUAGACCCCCAAAUUCUGUGGAACUUAUUUCUCCAGAUGGAGACUACGAUUACGACCAAGACGAUUAUGAAGAUGGUGCUAUUACUUCGGGCAGCAGUGUGACCUUCUCCAAUUCGCACAGUAGCCAGUGGUCACCGGACUACCGAUGCUCAGUGGGGACCUACAAUAGCUCUGGAGCAUAUCGGUUUAGCUCUGAAGGAGCUCAGUCUUCUUUUGAAGACAGCGAAGAAGAUUUUGACUCCAGAUUUGAUACAGAUGAUGAACUUUCCUACCGGAGGGAUUCAGUCUAUAGCUGUGUCAGCCUGCCCUACUUUCACAGCUUUCUGUACAUGAAAGGUGGCUUAAUAAACACAUGGAAGCGGCGCUGGUGUGUCCUGAAGGAUGAGACCUUCCUGUGGUUUCGUUCCAAGCAGGAAGCACUUAAGCAGGGUUGGCUUCACAAAAAGGGGGGUGGAUCAUCCACGCUUUCCAGAAGGAACUGGAAGAAACGAUGGUUUGUUCUCAGACAGUCCAGGUUGAUGUACUUUGAAAACGACAGUGAAGAAAAGCUAAAGGGCUCCAUUGAUGUCCGGACAGCCAAAGAGAUUGUUGAUAAUACGGGCAAAGAAAAUGGUAUUGAUCUAAUAAUGGGCGACAGGACAUACCAUUUAAUUGCUGAGUCUCCUGAGGAUGCAAGCCAGUGGUUUAGUGUACUGAGUCAAGUCCAUGCGUCCACAGAGCAAGAGAUUCGAGAGAUGCACGAUGAGCAGGCAAAUCCACAGAAUGCUGUGGGUACACUCGACGUAGGACUAAUUGAUUCUGUCUGUGCUGCUGACAAUCCAGAUCGACCAAAUUCAUUUGUGAUCAUCACUGCUAAUCGUGUUCUUCACUGUAAUGCUGACACUCCUGAGGAGAUGCAUCACUGGAUAACCCUGCUGCAAAGGUCCAAAGGGGACACUAGAGUGGAGGGACAAGAAUUCAUUGUGAGGGGAUGGCUACACAAGGAAGUAAAGAACAACCCCAAGAUGUCUUCAUUGAAACUAAAGAAGCGUUGGUUUGUUUUGACGCACAAUUCUUUGGACUACUACAAGAGCUCAGAGAAAAAUGCUUUGAAAUUGGGUACGCUGGUCCUGAACAGCCUCUGCUCAGUGGUCCCACCUGAUGAAAAAAUCUUCAAAGAGACAGGUUAUUGGAAUGUAACUGUGUACGGACGCAAACAUUGUUACCGUCUCUAUACAAAAUUGCUUAAUGAGGCAACCCGCUGGUCAAGUGCCAUCCAGAAUGUGAUUGACACAAAAGCACCAAUUGAUACUCCAACACAGCAGCUUAUUCAGGAUAUUAAGGAAAACUGCCUGAAUGCUGAUGUGGUUGAACAGAUUUAUAAGAGAAACCCUAUUCUCCGUUACACCCAUCAUCCCUUGCACUCGCCAUUACUGCCUCUGCCAUAUGGGGACAUCAAUCUAAACCUGCUGAAAGACAAAGGCUACACAACUCUGCAGGAUGAAGCCAUCAAGAUAUUUAAUUCUUUGCAGCAGCUGGAGUCUAUGUCUGAUCCUAUCCCUAUAAUCCAAGGUAUCCUCCAAACAGGCCAUGAUUUGAGACCUCUUCGAGAUGAGCUCUACUGUCAGCUCAUCAAGCAGACCAACAAAGUGCCAAACCCUGGGAGCGUGGGCAACCUGUAUAGUUGGCAAAUCCUCACCUGCAUGAGUUGCACAUUUCUGCCGAGUCGCGGCAUCCUCAAAUAUCUCAAGUUCCAUCUUAAAAGGGUCCGUGACCAGUUUCCAGGAACUGAAAUGGAAAAAUACGCACUAUUUACUUAUGAAUCUCUGAAGAAAACCAAAUGCAGAGAGUUUGUGCCAUCGCGGGAUGAAAUAGAAGCUCUGAUUGGCAGGCAGGAAAUGACGUCCACAGUUUAUUGCCAUGGCGGGGGCUCCUGUAAGAUUACCAUCAACUCGCACACUACAGCUGGAGAGGUGGUUGAAAAGUUAAUUCGUGGCUUGGCCAUGGAGGAUAGCAGAAAUAUGUUUGCUUUGUUUGAGUACAAUGGAACUACUGAUAAAGCGAUUGAAAGCAGGACCAUUGUGGCUGAUGUCUUGGCAAAGUUUGAAAAGCUUGCUGCCACUGCUGGGGACAUGCACUGGAAGUUCUACUUCAAGCUCUACUGCUUCCUGGACACAGAAAACGUCCCAAAAGAUAGCGUGGAAUUUGCCUUUAUGUUUGAGCAGGCUCACGAAGCAGUGAUUCGAGGACAUUAUCCUGCUCCUGAAGAAACCCUCCAGGUCCUUGCAGCUUUGCGCCUUCAGUACCUUCAGGGAGAUUACACUCUGCAUACCACUGUGCCAGAAAUGGAAGAGGUCUAUCCCUUGCAAAAGCUCAAGUCUCGGAUUACACAGUCCACCAAAACAUUUACUGCAGCAGAGAAGGCUGAGAAGAAACGCACCAGCUUUCUUGAAGGAACAUUGCGACGAAGUUUUCGCAGUGGCUCUGUCAGCAAACAGAAGGUUGAGGAGGAUCAGAUGUUAGACAUGUGGGUCAAAGAGGAAAUCUCAGCUUCCAGGACUAGUAUUAUUGACAAAUGGAAAAAACUCCAGAGGAUGAACCAGGAACAGGCUAUGGCAAAGUAUAUGGCUUUGAUUAAGGAAUGGCCUGGCUAUGGCUCAACACUCUUUGACGUAGAGUGUAAAGAAGGGGGAUUCCCACAAGAGUUGUGGCUUGGAGUCAGCGCUGAUGCGGUUUCUGUCUACAAGCGUGGGGAAGGAAGGCCUUUGGAGGUGUUUCAGUAUGAACAUAUCUUGUCAUUUGGUGCACCGCUUGCCAACACCUACAAGAUCGUGGUGGAUGAGAGAGAACUGCUUUUUGAAACUAGUGAGGUGGUUGACAUUGCGAAGCUGAUGAAAGCUUACAUCAGCAUGAUCGUGAAAAAACGCUAUAGCACCUCUCGAUCAGUGAGUAGUCAUGGAAGUCAGGGCAGCUCCAGGUGAAAACAAAACCAGUUCUGCUGUGCUCUAAAUAGAACAUACCGCUGCUUGGCCUCCAAAUGACCUGAUGAUACUGAUCACGUCUGUUGACAAGCUAACAAAGAACCAGAGUUUCCACGGAAAAUAUCUUCAAACAUUGUUUUAUAAAGACCACAGGGUGGGGAGGGGAAAAUCAACUGAAGUAGUCACAUACUAGAACUGCUGGCUCGUUCAAAGCUUUCCAAAGCAUUAUUAUCUUCAGUUGAUGUAACACAUGCCUUAAGACUUGAUCCACUGCAAUACAAGCAGUAAUAAGUGCCUUACAAUAUUAAAUUCAACUUGUAUUGACCUAAAAUUGCUGAUAAAAGUCAAGAGGAUUUUUUGUUGUCCAUCCAGAACACUGAAAACGAAGGUAAAUUCAUCCAUUCUGCACCAGUCUACUGGCCUAUAUACAUGUGGGAAGGGGGAGGGAAGAAGAGCAAAGUAUAUUUUUUUGGAGAGCUGCUGGCAGCUUUCCUUAUGGACGCCAACAUUUUGUUUCCCCUUGCUUCCAUGGAUGUGCACCUUGUGCAUGCAUAUUUGAGCUGUCAGUAAAAUUUGACUGAUUUUAUUCUGUAUUUCACAAGUCUUUUGAAGCAAAGGGAAUAAGUAUGUGCAAUGGUGUAAACAGUCUUUCUGUACAUUUUAAUAGUUCAGAGUUAUAGUUGUUACAAUUGUAUGGUUCCUUUAUAAGCCGUUUUAUUAACAAGAAAAUUCCAAAAUUUUCAUACAUUGAUUUUACUAUUGCAAAUAUGUAUUACCAUAUGAGUAGCAGAAGUCUGCAUUCUGUAUCUGCUGUAUUAUAAAGAGAGAUGUAGCUGAGAAUAUUUAUAGACUACCCUGAUAUGGAAAUACAAUUAUCAGUUCAGUACUCUAUCAUGUCCACUUGAGUUUUUAAUAUUAAUUUUUCUUUUAAGGACAUCACUCUUUUAUAAUUCUGGCUGGACUCUCCAACCCAGACUGACUGCCAAAGGUCAGAGCCCUUCAGAGUUGACUAAAGAAAGCAAAGUUGUACAGUGCAACUGCUUUAGUGUAGAGUUCUCUGUUUUGCGAGGUUGCCUGAUGAAGGUUCUUGAUGCUACCCUGUAAAUAAAUGGGGCAAUAUCAGCUAAUAAUAAGCUGAUUUUUGGACUUUUAUUUUUGUACAGAAAUACUGUAAUAUAAGGCAAAACUUUGAUCAAAGGUAUCUUUUUGUCCACAGAAAAAAAAAAAAAAAAAAGAAACCUGGAAAACCUUACUGUUAUUAAAAACCUCAGCCUCUAAGGAAUCAUGCCUACUUGCUUAAAACAAAAAGUCCAGCAAUAAAGGAAAUAUAUGUGA